AGAGCGCUGAAACCGCGGAACCCGAGAGAAGGUGCGCUCCGCUGGGACAGAAGAGGCAUAAAGAGACGGGGAGGGAGGGAAUGAGAUUUCUUGCUACCCAAUCCCUCUUUUCCCCAGGGACAGCAAGCCUUCCCUGGUCCAUCCCUCCCUCUUGUUUGGUAAUCAUUUCAUUUUACUCCUUUUUGAAGCAGUCGCCCGUUUUAUCCCACUUUUCAUUUCACAAUCCCGUGCGCGUCUGUUCGCCUUCUUCUUCAGAGCAAGUUCGCGUUCUCCCCUCUUUCUCCCCGCGACGAAAAGGUCUGCUUGAUCCCGGCUGAUCGUUUCCUUUGAGAUGCUCCACAGCUCUUGCCUUCUCUCCACCCUCUUUUAACUAGAGACCUGUUAAUCUUGAGUGAACUGAACUUGGGUUUGGAAUCUAAAAGAAAGAGGAACACCCAAAGGGAUACGGCAGCGCGUCUUUGGAUAAGGACCUCUUUCCCCUUGUUGCACUUUGGGGAAGAUUUUUUCCCUUUCAGCUGGUUUUUGUUAAUCCAGGUGGUGCAGGAGGAUUAUUCCACUCGAGCUGGUGUAGAGAGACAUCCCCCAGAAGGCUAUUUUCAUGUUCUCCAUCCAGGACGGUCUCCCACGGGGAGCCUUGACCAUGAAAGAAGAGCCCCUUACGAGUGGCAUGACGCCGGUGCGCUCUUGGAUGCAGAGCGCGGGGAUACUGGAUGCCAACACAGCCGCGCAAAGUGGUGUGGGUUUGGCAAGAGCCCAUUAUGAGAAACAGCCUCCCUCGAACCUGCGCAAGUCAAACUUCUUUCACUUCGUUCUGGCCCUGUAUGACCGGCAGGGACAGCCCGUCGAGAUCGAGAGAACCUCCUACGUGGACUUUGUGGAAAAAGACAAAGAAUACAAUGGCGAGAAGACCAACAAUGGCAUCCACUACAGGUUACAGCUUCUCUACAGCAACGGUAUCAGGACAGAACAGGAUCUGUUUGUUCGAUUAAUAGACUCCAUGACUAAACAGCCAAUCCUUUAUGAAGGCCAAGACAAAAACCCAGAGAUGUGUCGUGUUCUCCUCACCCAUGAGAUCAUGUGCAGCCGGUGUUGUGACAAGAAGAGCUGCGGAAACCGAAACGAGACGCCAUCUGAUCCUGUCAUCAUCGACAGCCGGUGUUGUGACAAGAAGAGCUGCGGAAACCGAAACGAGACGCCAUCUGAUCCUGUCAUCAUCGACAGAUUUUUCCUGAAAUUCUUUCUCAAGUGUAAUCAGAACUGUUUGAAAAAUGCAGGGAAUCCCAGAGACAUGAGGCGAUUUCAGGUGGUGGUGUCCACCACAGUGAAUGUGGACGGCCAUGUCCUGGCCGUGUCCGAUAACAUGUUCGUCCACAACAACUCCAAACAUGGGCGGAGGGCACGACGCCUGGACCCUUCUGAAGCAGCCACUCCAUGCAUUAAGGCCAUCAGUCCCAGUGAAGGAUGGACGACUGGGGGGGCCACCGUCAUCAUCAUUGGGGACAACUUCUUUGACGGUUUACAAGUGGUCUUCGGCACAAUGCUAGUUUGGAGUGAACUCAUCACACCUCACGCUAUCCGGGUGCAGACGCCCCCUAGACACAUCCCUGGGGUCGUGGAGGUCACACUCUCCUACAAGUCCAAGCAGUUCUGCAAAGGAGCUCCGGGACGUUUCGUCUACACAGCUCUGAAUGAACCCACCAUAGACUACGGCUUCCAGAGGCUACAAAAGGUCAUCCCUCGUCACCCUGGAGACCCGGAGAGGUUACCUAAGGAGGUUCUUCUGAAAAGAGCUGCAGACCUGGUGGAGGCACUGUAUGGGAUGCCUCAUAACAAUCAGGAGAUCAUUUUAAAGCGUGCUGCAGACCUGACGGAGGCACUGUACAGUGUGCCGCGGAGCCAUAACCAGUUGCCCUCGCUGACAGGCUCCGGCGCUCACUCGGGCAUGAUGGGAGUUAACUCUUUCAGCAGCCAGCUCGCCGUCAACAUCUCUGAGGCCUCACAGGGAGACCAAGGUUACUCUCGUAACUCGAACAGCGUGUCUCCACGCGGGUACGUGCCGAGCUCCACACCCCAGCAGUCCAACUACAACACCAUCACCUCCAGCAUGAAUGGAUACGGAGCCGCAGGGAUGACCAACCUGGGUGUCCCUGGAUCCCCGAGUUUCCUCAAUGGAUCCGCCGCCAACUCUCCUUAUGCAAUCAAACAGAAGAGCGCCUUCGCGCCUGUCGUCCGGCCACAGACCUCCCCGCCCCCCACCUGCACCAGCACCAAUGGGAGCAGUCUACAGGCUAUGGCCGGUCUGAUCGUCCCUCCCAUGUGAAGAGGAACCUGAUCUUCCUCUAAGGCUUCAUUGAGCCCUCAACAAACUCACUGGCUCACCAAAUCUGUCUGACACUCUCUUAUCGAACAUCACCAGUCCUACGAGGAGCUGCGCGAAAAGAACAUCUACACCUGGAUCGCUAAAAGAAAAAAAAAAGAAAAGUGUACCUGGUUUGAAAAUGUCCCAUGUCCUGAAAUGUCAAUAGAUGUGUUUGUUUUGCCCUCUAUGACUUCAUCCUUGGAGACUCGCCAUACCGGGUGGCAUUUCGAAUAGGAAGCAUAAAAGCUGGAUAUUAUCGCAAUGUGAACGAGAAGCCGAGGUUUUGAUACAUCCACGGCCUUAGGGGCUUCUUUGCAUGGCUGAUGUUGUCUGUAGACUGUCCAUUUCAUACUGUUUGUCUGUCCAGUUUCCACUGUGAGAAGAGAGAUGCCACUCAUCCAGAUGGGACUGCGACGGCUCAAAACGCCAUUCGGAAACCAUUCAUUCCUAAUUAUGAAAUGCAGUGUCUUUGGUUUUCAACAUCAAGCUGAUUUAAUUUUCUUUCGCUUUUGUUUUAAACCAUCAAAUGAGAACACAAACAAACACGAAAUGAUCCCAGACUGAAGAGCGUGAUAUUUAGCAAUCAUCAGGAUGAUGAUGGAUGUCAGUCAAUUUUACUCAUACUGUUUCUGUAGUUCCAGUAUAGUUCCAGGUGUGUGGAUAGGUAGAUUUAAGCCAGGAAUGCUUUCUGCAGUUUUAAUCACAUUUAGGUACCAGACUUAUUGUUGAACUUCUUAUUGUGCUUUUUUGUAUGUAUUUAUAAAGUUUGUUUCGGGAUUUCUUUGGUGAGUUAGGCCUGAAUAAUAGUAUAAAAUAUCUAUGUCAACACAUUUGAUGUCUUAAUACCUUUUAGAUAUUGUAAAAAGAGUGAAAAAUAAAGGGGAUUACACUUUUUUUGUAAAAACAAAAAUGGCAAUGACAAAAAAAAAGGUCUGGAUAUGACCAGGACACCUGUUUUUUGAAAGCAGGGUGCAAAGCUCCACCACUUUUGUAAAAAAACAAAAAAACAAAAAAACUUUUUUUCAAUCGUAUAUUUAAUGUUUUCUUUUUGCAAAAAAGCAUUUGUGUUCUUGUUCCCUCCUCUUGUCUCGUGUGUUCUCGUGAAACGUGUAUGAUCAUAGUUAUUUCCUAAUGCACUUUUUUUGUUGGGGCACUUACAAAAGCUAUGUAUGUUAGCAAGCAGAUGAAAAUAAUAAUAAUAA